AUGCGGACACGGUGCCACAUCUCGCACCAAUGGAGCUACACUUGCAAUGUGUGCGAGGGACGUGGGCGCUUCGAAAAGGAUUGUCAGGAUGUGGAAGAUAUGAUGCAGAUCAAGGAAAGCAUAUAUAGAGAAGCAGACGUGAUAGAGAGGCAAAAAUUUGCAAACACCCAAGCUUACUGUCAAACAUUAAUAAAGCCUGAAUUAUUAUUAAGAGUAUUGAUUGUACAAGACAAACUAUGACUAUGCAAUAUGAGAGAGGGGCUAUGGCAUCAGGCGAGAAGGCUAAACUUGAAAUAG